GUGUGGAACCAGUAGGCACUUUUGCUUCUGUAAGUGCACUACAGCACCACCUUACCACAGUCCACCGUUUUUCUUCGGACGCUCCUGCAGUGAGUCUGUGAUAACUGCUUGUUUCAACAAUUUGGCUUCUUUCUGUUCCUUAUCGAGCCAGUUGAUUUCUUGGCAUAACCGGCGGCUUCUCAAAAUGAAGGUGAAAGAUGUUAUGUAUUCAAGAACCUGGAAUCGAUUUUACUACCCGCUUCUCCUUUCUCUCAAAUCCAUCAUCAUGAGCAGAAACAACAGCUUUUCCAUGACUAAGAAAACCCAUUUAUCUACUUCGGUCUUCUCUGCAACAGUACCCAAAGAUGUUUCUCCGACAGCUACCAACACAGUGGUUAAAUCUAGCCAAGCGCGGACGAUCCCCGACAAGAUACUGAAGAAGGCGUGUCUACAGUCCCCCGGAGGCUUGCUUCGAUUCAAGCUCGACUUGUGCUCAGUGAGUGGUGAUCUUGUUGAAGCACUUCGCCUUUACGAUGAUGCUCGGAGUAAGGGAAUACCACUUCAUCAGCGCCACUAUAAUGUUCUUCUCUACCUUUGUUCUUCUUCGGUUGAAUCGAGGGGUGGCAGGAACGAUGAUGACAGCUCGAAUUUGGGACUGAGAAGGGGUUUUGAGAUUUUUCAGCAAAUGGGUAUUGAUGGAAUUGCUUCAAACGAAGCAACAUUUACUAGUGUAGCGAGAUUGGCGGUUGCAAAGGAAGACCCAGAAAUGGCUUUUGAUCUGGUUAAGAAGAUGAGAAGUUUUGGUAUCUCGCCGAAGUUAAGGUCGUAUCUGCCGGCGCUGUUUGGGUUCUGUAAGAUGGGGGAGGCUGAUAAGGCUUAUGAGGUUGAUGCCCACAUGGUGGCGUCUGGUGUCACAUUGGAGGAGCCAGAGCUUGCUGCGUUGUUACGGCUUAGUGCCGAUGCAGGGAGAGGAGAUAAGGUGUAUGAGAUGCUUCAUCGGUUGAGAGCUACUGUGAGGCAGGUAUCUGAAUCGACAGCUGAAAUUGUGGAGAGCUGGUUUAAGUCCAAUGCUGCUGCAGGGGUUGGGAAAGAGAAUUGGGAUGUGGCCAGGGUGAAGGAAGGGGUCGUGAGGGGCGGAGGUGGGUGGCAUGGGGAAGGGUGGCUGGGGAAGGGAAAAUGGAGAGUCGUGAGGACUGAUGUUAAUGAUAGAGGUAUUUGUCGUUGUUGUGGGGAGAAACUCGUUUGUAUCGAUAUUGAUCUAUCGGAGACUGAGAACUUUGCUAGCUCGUUGUCCAGCUUGGCUUGCCGGAGAGAGGUCAAGGGUGAUUUCAACAAUUUCCGGGCAUGGCUUCUUCGGCAUGGACCAUUUCAUGCUGUUAUUGAUGGUGCCAAUGUGGGCCUUACCAAUCAGCACAGUUUCAGCUUUUCCCAGCUAAGUUCUGUUGUAAGUUGUAUUCGCCAAAUGAGUCCAUCAAAACACUUGCCACUUAUUGUUCUGCAUAGUAGUCGCAUAAAGGGUGGUCCUGCACAGAACCCACAUACUAAGAAACUAUUAGAAAAGUGGGAGAAUUCUGGUGCACUCUAUGCUACUCCUUGUGGAUCAAAUGAUGAUUGGUAUUGGCUAUAUGCUGCUGUUAAUUAUAAAUGCUUGUUGGUUACUAAUGAUGAAAUGAGGGACCACUUGUUCCAACUGCUGGGGACUAGCUUUUUUCCAAGAUGGAAGGAAAAGCAUCAGGUUCGAUUUACAAUGUCCAGACAAGGUCCCACUCUCCACAUGCCUCCACUGUAUUCAAUUGUUAUACAGGAGUCAGAAAGGGGUAGCUGGCAUGUGCCAACAGUCAUCAGAGGCAACAUCAAGACUCCAAGACAAUGGCUGUGUGCCACCAGGGCUCCAUACUAUCCCAACACAGAAUUUCUCUGCUGAUGUUGAGACAGAACUUAUUAUGUUGUUGCUAGUCAUGAAAAAGAAUUUUGUAAUCAAGUCUUUGGGGGAUAAAUAACCCUCUCAUUCUCUUACUGUUCCCAUUUUCACAAGUACUUUCUGGUUGGGGAAAAACCCCCUACUUGUUACAACAUUACUAACAUCCUGAGACCAGUUCACAAUAACUUCAGGUCCCUUGAUAUCUGUUAAGCCAAACAAAGAAUUAAGAAGAAUUUUCAUCACUCACACCAUGAGGAAAAGGACGAAUAGAACAAUGUUUUUCUGAAGCACCAAUAGUUCCACAACCACCAGCUCUCCCAAAAAGAUGCAAGUGUUUGAGAUUUGGAAACCUUUUCAUGGGAGAACAUAGUGUUUUCUGCAAUUGUUUAAUAAUCACUUCUUUUGUAUAUCCUUAUUUGCUGGCUUAGCUGUUAUGAGCAUUGCAUGUGGCUUGAGUGUGCAAACUCUCGAAUGUAGUCCUGUAUGUCAGGCAACUGAACUAGACGGGCCCCAGCUGCAAGCACAUUUAUGCAAAUUCCACAAGUUAGGUCUAUACCCAGUCCACCACAUAGGGCAAUGGUCCUUUUUUGACGAGGAAUGGUGUAGUAAACUAGUAGUUCCUUAUUCUUCUGAUCGGAAACAAUCCUUGUAAUUUGCAAUUGAUGGUUCUUGAUUAUCUGUCUGUAUAAUCAAUAGAACGGUGGUAUAAAUAGUGAUUUUGGGCUCUUGUCAAAUGCGUGAGGCAGUUCAAAACUUCAAAAUAUGUGUUAUUUCCGUUUGUAUUCUUGAUAAGCACAUGUACUGGUACAAAAUUUUAUGAAGGGUACUCAUGGUUGCUUAUUUUGUUCAUUAAGAUUUUUAUGUA